AUGGCCAAGUGUAUCACCAUCGCCAGUGCCUGCAAUCUGUAUUGGCGCAAGCACCAUUUGACCCCCGACACCAUUGCCGUCGAACCUCUCGGUGGUUGGCGAGGGGCCCAAGUCAACCAAUCCCUCAAGGCCCUGCAAUGGUUGUACUACCAGGAACAUCAAAUUCCCAAGGAGGGGGCCAGUGCCGACCGCAUUCGACACGUCCGUAACGGGGGCGAACAGUCCGUCCGGACCAUCGUCAACAGUUAUUUCGUCGAUGGCUAUGAUCCUCUGACCCGAACCGUCUACGAGUUUCAUGGGUGUCUCUACCAUGGUUGUCCCCGCUGUUAUCCCGUGAGAGACGCCAAGCAUUAUGCCACGCCGGAUCGAACCGUGGAGGAACUCUAUCAGGCCACGCUCUCCAAACGUAUGGCUCUACUCCGAGCGGGCUACACCGUCCUAGAAAUGUGGGAGUGUGACUGGGACCGAAUGGUCGAUAACGAGCCCGCUGAAUCUCAGUUUCUGGCUUCCUUCGAUCUGGUCGCACCCUUGGAACCCCGCAAGGCCUUUUUUGGAGGUCGAACCGGCGCGGUGGCUCUGCAUACCGUGCCUGGGGAGGGGGAGGAAAUACUCUAUGUGGAUGUCACCUCCCUGUACCCGUGGGUGAAUAAAAACUGUCCUUACCCCAAUGGGCAUCCAAAAAUCAUCACCCAACCUGCAGACCAGUCUCUGGAUUCCUAUUUUGGUCUGGCCACCGUAGACAUUCUUCCUCCGGCUGGUCUAUUCCACCCCGUCUUGCCUGUACGCUGUGGCCAAAAGCUCACCUUUCCUCUCUGCCGUUCCUGUGUCCAGACAGAGCAGGCCCAUCCCAUGUUGACCAGAACCCGGUAUUGCCCUCAUUCUGACGCUGAUCGCACGCUACGCGGAACCUGGUGCACGCCCGAGCUGGUCAAAGCCGUCGAAAAGGGGUACACUCUCAUCAAGAUCCACGAAGUCUCGCAUUUUCCCCCUGAACAACGCCAAACGGGUCUUUUCGCCAAUUACGUCAACACCUGGCUAAAGAUCAAACAAGAAUCAGCGGGGUGGCGCGGCUGGUGUCAGACCCUCGAGCAGAAACGAGAGUACAUUCUUCGCUACCAGGAACGGGAGGGUAUCCGACUGGACAUUGCCAGCAUUGCCAAAAAUCCUGGUCGCAAGGCCAAGGCCAAACUGAUGCUGAACAGCUUCUGGGGUAAAUUCGGGGAGCGGAUCAACAAACCCACCACCGUCACCGUCCAAAACCCCGCCCAUUUGUUCAGCCUCAUCUCCGACGCCGCCCUCGACAUCAGCACUCUCCGCCUCUGCACCGACGACAUCUUGGAGGCCGUUUACACCAGGGUCCAAGACAAUGCCGUCAAAGGCACCAAGACCAAUAUCUUUGUGGCGGCUUUCACCACGUGCCAUGCACGACUGAAGCUCUACGAGUCCCUCGACACCCUUCAACAACAAGUCCUUUACUACGAUACGGACAGCGUGAUAUACCGAUGGCUUCCCGACCAACCCUCCAUCACCACGGGUGAUUUUCUCGGGACAUGA